GAGAAGAGGAAGAGGUAGUAGAAGAGGAAGAAGAAGAUGAAGAAAAAGAAAACGAGGAAGAGGUGAAAGACACGUUCGUUCCAUGCGUGUGCGAACUAUUCCUCUGUCGUCUCAUGGAACAACGCGCAUGCCAGUCUGGGUCGCGCGUAUUUAAGGGCUGUUGCUUCGGGGUGCUCGCCACUAUCACUGCAAUCAUCGACUCCACGAGUUGCUCGAUACAAGAACACGAAAGACAAAUCAUCUCGCGAAUAUAACGACUUUCAAAUUUUGCAAACGCCGGUAAAGAGCUUUUAUUUUAUCGCGUGUCUCUCUUUCUAGUUUUCUCAACCUUUUCCUCUUUCUCCUCUUUCUGCUUCUUUCUCUCUCUCUCUCUCUCUCUCUCUCUCUCUCUCCCCCUCUCUCUCCUUCUCUCUUUCGUAUAAAGUAAACCCGUGCUUUCGCAUCGACGUGUACGAAUCCUCGACAGCCUGUUGCAUCUUUGCACCGAUACAAGGGGAAAUCAUGAACUCGAUGAUUAAGAUUGUCGUCUCCCUCGUCGCCCUCUCGAUUUUAUUCGGAGAAAUUUUCGCAAUGCCACCGGCCCAGUGUAGCCCCGGCUUCCUCGACGAAGUACCACCGAAAGUACAAAAAAUCUGUGCGGCUCUCUCCACCAUAUAUCAAAUUCAAUCUGCGAUGGAAAGUUAUGUCGACGAUAAGGUUUCAGUUCUUCAAGAGAACAACCCGUUACCAGGAAGCGGUGUUAAGAGACAAGACGUCGAUCACGUCUUCUUGCGCUUCGGAAGACGACGCUAACCUCCAUCGACGAAGUAACUUCCAAAACGAUUCAAUGUAAAUCUUCUGUCCUCAUCUGUGAAUCUCUAUCGUUGUCGAGCUAUGAAAUAAUAAAAAUAAAAUCAAACCUUGUGGUCUCUGCGUUGCAUCGAA